UCAGAGCUGUUUGAGGAUUGCUCAACGCUUGUGUCACCGGGAGGAGGAGUGGACUGGGCUGCUUAGGGCGGAGAGAAAGCUGAAACAUCAGUCACUCACUCUCUGGCGCUCCGGGAGUGUGGGGCUCUCUCUCUCUUUCUGUCUCUGCUUCUCUCUCCUCUCUGUCAGCUCUCCGUAACUACUAAGUCACUUCUGAGUGGCGGGUACCUUGUGGAAUUUAACAAGAUAAAGGAAUGGAGUCCCCAGCUGUGAAGUGUUUCUAAGUCUUUACGCACGACGUGUUGUCAUGGCACACCGCUCCAUCAGGAUGAACUUGCAGUGGAGCAGCAGUCCGGUGACGUGCCUCCGUUAUGGGAGACCCGCAGCCCACAAACGGCUGGACUCGGACGAUCAGCCUCCAGCCAAAUCCCCCAGACUGAGCACUGAAGCCGGGGACGCGCAUAGUCUUAUUUAUGGAUCUUCCCCCACCUCACCAACAACCCCGAGCCCCAGGACCCCCAACCCGCACCAGGGACCGUCCAGGAUAGGACCUUUUUUGCUUCUACCUCUAUCGGAGCGGGAGAGCACCCACAACGCCAUAAACACGGACACGGGAGAGGAGCUGCUGUGCAAGGUGUAUGACAUGGUGGUGUACCAGGAGAAGAUCCGUGCCUACGGGAUCCUGCCACCUCACAGAAAUGUGGCUGGUAUCAGGGACAUUGUCCUGGGCGAGAGGAAAGCCUAUGUGUUCCUGGACAGAGACUUUGGGGACAUGCACACUCUGGUGAAGAGCUGCCGCAGGCUGGACGAAGAGCAAGCCUGCAGACUCUUCCAGCAGGUGGCGCUAGCUGUGGCUCACUGUCAUCAGAACGGCAUAGUUCUGGGGGACCUCAAGCUCCGCAAGUUUGUCUUUGCAGAUGAGAAAAGGACUCAGGUGAGACUUGAAAGCCUCGAGGACUGCCGUGUUUUGGAAAAUCCAAGGAAUGACUCCAUGUCAGACACACAUGGCUGCCCAGCUUAUGUCAGUCCAGAGAUUCUGAGCGGCUCUGCUCCGUACUCUGGUAAAAUGGCGGACAUGUGGAGCCUGGGGGUGAUGCUGUACACCAUGUUGGUGGGCCGCUACCCCUUCCAUGACCCAGACCCUGCCACACUCUUCUGUAAAAUCCGCCGGGGCCAGUGCUGUGUGCCCGAGGGCCUGUCCCCCAAAGCUAAGUGUCUCCUGCAGAGUCUGCUGAGGAGAGAGCCAUCUGAGAGACUGACUGCAACAGAGCUGCUCGCCCACCCAUGGUUCCACCAGCCACCAUCACUACAGGAAGUACUGCAGACGGAACAGGAAGUGAUUUCAGCGGAGCAGACAGUGCCAUCGUUUAAUGUGGAGAGAGAUGAGGAUCUGUUCUGUUGAUGAACUCAUAUCAGACUGAGGGACCAAAAGACUCAUUCACAGGGAUCUAUUGUUGUUUUUUUACAUUGGCACUUUUCAGAUCCCUGUCUGUGACUGGUGUCUGUAAAUACAACCUCAAGCGUUUCGGAAAUAUCCACUGUACUGUAUUUGUCUUUAUGUUACUUUCUAAGGGCAUUUUCACAAUGAUUUUCAUUGUGUUUCUAAUUGUAUAUUUUUAUAAUAUAUUUUGGUGCUAAAAGUGUCUCAAUGACUUUAGAUCUUGACCAGGGACACACCAAGGGGCAGAUGACAGGGGCAGACAGAAGCAGACAGGAGCAGAUGACAGGGGCAGACAGGAGCAGAUGACAGGAGCAGACUGGUGACAGUGGGUUGCUGAGCUGCAGGCUCCACAGUCUGACUCACAGUGUGUCUGUGACAGAGGAACUGUUCGCACAGACUGAUGUGUUACUCUGAGUGUGGCAGUUUGACCAGAGCCAGAGCAGGGCAUUACAACCUCACACUCACACAGAGGCUCAGAGCGCAAGACUCUGAUAGAGAAACUGCCACACGCAGCAAUCACAGCAGGAUGACAGGCCUCAAUGUCAUGUCAAUGUUUCAUGUGUGUAAAUGCAUUUAGAAACAACUCUAAAUAUAACUUUUGUCUAUUUAAGUCUGUAUUUGGCAAAUGUAAACCAAAUUCCCUGCUAAAUGGAACUAAUAUCCUACAGUGAGUCAUUGUGUCAGUAGAUAGUUAAUGUCCACAUGAAGCAGAUUGGAGCAGCUCUGUUCUUUUCUGUUGUGCUGGGUUGUGUGAACAGCGCUGAGUGUGGGGCCUGUAUCACUGUGUUGUAUAAACUCUGAAUCUGGUCCUAUUUGAUGUUUCUUGUGAGUCAACACUUGAGCUGUGGUCUGACCUCGGCUGGAAGAAUCUGUUGUGACCGUUUCACCUCCAAAUGGGACUUUUACAAUAGACUUUAUAAUACUUUUUAUUGCUGUUAAUUCUUCGGGGCGUAGUCAAGAGCGCCAUGACAAUGAUGUGCUAUGAUCUCGGGGAAGUUGCGUUUCAGUGACGUUCGGCUUCACAGGCUUCAGUUUUGUUUUGGUACUGUCAAGUCUAGCACAUCUGAGAAACGCUUAUUUAAUUUCUCACAUAAAUGGCUUCUAUGAGAUACGUAACACUUCGCUUUUGUCUACAUUUGGUGUCAGACAGGAACCUACUUGUGAAAAUAUAUUUGUAGUUGAAGUAGUCUCAUUAGAUGUACUUUAUAGUUAGACAUGCAUCUCUGUGGUGUAUUGAACUGACACGGGUGCACAGACUUCUUAUUGCACUGUGACAUAAUCUAUUAGUGACACAACCUAGAGACUCGUGGUCCUACAGGUUACACAAGAUACUGUAUGUAUAUUCAUUGUAUAGACUGUAAAUAUGUACAUAUGUUUAUGUGUGAUGCUGUUGAAUAAAAAACACAUUUUCAUAAUCA